AAUUUCCACAUAGUAGUGCAAAAUCACCCGAAAAAAGCUCAACAUAGAUUUUAUUUCUCGAGAAAAGUACGUGGCUCAUCCUCUUUAGGUUAUGCAUAUCCUUUCGCCACGCGGAAGCCCAAAGUCGUUUCCGGAGUGUUUCUAUCCUGAGCUGUUUCCGCCGCCAUUGCGGGUUUUCGGAGUUCAGUGCUUGUGCCACUGAUCUUCAUUCAGGGAGAAAAAGCACAAACACCAACCGGGCGGACGGAUCAAGACGCGCGGUGACAUAGCAUCUGCAAUCGCAAGUCUAAACAGAUCCCCAUCCCCCCCUUCUCUUCGGACCUUUAUAUUGUCGUCCUGCAGAGUUGUCUUGGCUUCAACCUGUGUUGAGAAGCCGUAGCAAGUAGCUUGGUGAUCCAGGAGUCCGGGAGGAGAGAGCAGAGAGGAACCGCCAUGGCUCAGAUCCUACCGAUUCGCUUCCAGGAGCACCUGCAGCUCCAGAACCUGGGCAUUAACCCGGCCAACAUCGGCUUCAGCACCCUGACCAUGGAGUCGGACAAGUUCAUCUGCAUCCGCGAGAAGGUGGGGGAGCAGGCGCAGGUGGUGAUCAUCGACAUGAACGACCCCAACACGCCCAUCCGCCGGCCAAUCAGCGCCGACAGCGCCAUCAUGAACCCCGCCAGCAAGGUCAUCGCACUGAAAGGUAGGACCGCGUCCCUUCAGAUUUUUAACAUCGAGAUGAAGAGCAAGAUGAAGGCCCACACCAUGACCGACGAUGUCACCUUCUGGAAGUGGAUCUCCCUCAACACAGUAGCACUUGUAACGGACAACGCCGUCUACCAUUGGAGCAUGGAGGGAGACUCUCAGCCAAUCAAAGUCUUUGACCGGCAUUCCAGCCUAGCAGGCUGUCAAAUCAUAAACUACCGCACUGACGCCAAGCAGAAGUGGCUACUCCUCAUUGGAAUUUCUGCUCAGCAAAACCGCGUGGUUGGGGCGAUGCAGCUGUACUCGGUGGACAGGAAGGUGUCCCAGCCAAUCGAGGGCCACGCAGCCAGCUUCGCCCAGUUUAAAAUGGAGGGGAAUGCCGAGGAGUCCACCCUCUUCUGCUUCGCUGUCCGAGGUCAAGCCGGGGGAAAGUUGCACAUUAUCGAAGUGGGGACGCCGCCCACAGGGAACCAGCCGUUUCCAAAGAAAGCCGUGGAUGUGUUCUUCCCUCCGGAGGCCCAGAAUGACUUCCCCGUCGCCAUGCAGAUCAGCUCCAAGCAGGACGUGGUGUUCCUCAUCACCAAGUACGGCUACAUCCACCUGUACGACCUGGAGACGGGCACCUGCAUCUACAUGAACCGCAUCAGCGGGGAGACCAUCUUCGUGACGGCCCCCCACGAGGCCACCGCCGGCAUCAUCGGGGUCAACAGGAAGGGGCAGGUGCUCUCUGUGUGCGUGGAGGAGGAGAACAUCAUCCAGUACAUCACCAGCGUGCUGCAGAACCCGGACCUGGCGCUGCGCAUGGCCGUCCGCAACAACCUGGCGGGCGCCGAGGAGCUCUUCGCCCGCAAGUUCAACAACCUCUUCGCCAGCGGGAACUACUCCGAGGCCGCCAAAGUGGCCGCCAACGCGCCGAAGGGGAUCCUGCGCACCCCGGACACCAUCCGCCGGUUCCAGAGCGUCCCGGCCCAGCCCGGACAGACCUCCCCCCUGCUCCAGUACUUCGGCAUCCUGCUGGACCAGGGCCAGCUCAACAAGUUCGAGUCCCUGGAGCUGUGCAGGCCCGUCCUGCAGCAAGGCCGCAAGCAGCUGCUGGAGAAGUGGCUGAAGGAGGACAAGCUGGAGUGCUCGGAGGAGCUGGGGGACCUGGUGAAGUCUGUGGACCCCACACUGGCCCUCAGCGUCUACCUGAGGGCAAACGUCCCCAACAAGGUCAUCCAGUGCUUCGCCGAGACCGGACAGUUCCAGAAGAUCGUACUGUAUGCCAAAAAGGUGGGAUACACGCCCGACUGGACCUUCCUGCUCAGGAACGUGAUGCGCAUCAGCCCAGAGCAGGGCCUGCAGUUCGCCCAGAUGCUGGUGCAGGACGAGGAGCCCCUGGCUGACAUCACACAGAUUGUGGACAUCUUCAUGGAGUACAACCUGAUCCAGCAGUGCACCUCUUUCCUGCUGGACGCCCUGAAGAACAACCGGCCGACCGAGGGGCCCCUGCAGACCCGUCUGCUGGAGAUGAACCUCAUGCACGCUCCACAGGUUGCUGACGCCAUCUUGGGGAACCAGAUGUUCACAAACUACGACCGCGCCCACAUCGCCCAGCUGUGCGAGAAGGCGGGGCUUCUGCAGCGUGCGCUGGAGCACUACACCGACCUUUAUGACAUCAAACGUGCCGUGGUCCACACCCACCUGCUCAACCCAGAGUGGCUGGUGAACUUCUUCGGCUCGCUGUCGGUGGAGGACUCCCUGGAGUGCCUGAGGGCCAUGCUGUCCGCCAACAUCCGCCAGAACCUGCAGAUCUGCGUCCAGGUGGCCUCCAAGUACCACGAGCAGCUGUCCACCCAGUCCCUCACCGAACUCUUCGAGUCCUUCAAGAGCUUCGAGGGUCUGUUCUACUUCCUGGGCUCCAUCGUGAACUUCAGCCAGGACCCCGAGGUUCACUUCAAGUACAUCCAGGCGGCCUGCAAGACCGGCCAGAUCAAGGAGGUGGAGCGGAUCUGCAGGGAGAGCAACUGCUACGACCCCGAGCGCGUCAAGAACUUCCUGAAGGAGGCCAAACUGACCGACCAGCUGCCGCUGAUCAUCGUUUGUGACCGCUUCGACUUCGUCCACGACCUGGUCCUCUACCUGUACCGCAACAGCCUGCAGAAGUACAUAGAGAUCUACGUACAGAAGGUGAACCCCAGCCGUCUCCCUGUGGUGAUUGGAGGGCUGCUGGACGUGGACUGCUCUGAAGACGUCAUUAAGAACCUGAUCCUGGUGGUCAGGGGCCAGUUCUCCACCGACGAGCUGGUGGCCGAGGUGGAGAAGAGAAACCGGCUGAAGCUGCUCCUGCCCUGGCUGGAGGCCCGCAUCCACGAGGGCUGUGAGGAGCCGGCCACCCACAACGCCCUGGCCAAGAUCUACAUCGACAGCAACAACAACCCCGAGCGCUUCCUGCGGGAGAACCCCUUCUACGACAGCCGCGUGGUGGGCAAGUACUGCGAGAAGAGGGACCCGCACCUGGCCUGCGUGGCCUACGAGCGCGGCCAGUGCGACCAGGAGCUCAUCAACGUCUGCAAUGAGAACUCCCUGUUCAAGAGUCUGUCCCGGUACCUGGUUCGACGCAAGGACCCGGAGCUGUGGGCCAGCGUUCUCCUGGAGAGCAACCCCUUCAGGAGGUCCCUCAUCGACCAGGUGGUGCAGACCGCCCUGUCCGAGACGCAGGACCCCGAGGAGGUGUCCGUCACCGUCAAGGCCUUCAUGACGGCCGACCUGCCCAACGAGCUCAUCGAGCUGCUGGAGAAGAUCGUCCUGGACAACUCCGUCUUCAGUGAGCACAGAAACCUGCAGAACCUCCUCAUCCUCACGGCCAUCAAGGCCGACCGCACCCGCGUGAUGGAGUACAUCAACCGCCUGGACAACUACGACGCGCCCGACAUCGCCAACAUCGCCAUCAGCAACGAGCUCUUCGAGGAGGCCUUCGCCAUCUUCAGGAAGUUUGACGUCAACACUUCGGCGGUGCAGGUGCUGAUCGAGCACAUCGGGAACCUGGACCGGGCCUACGAGUUCGCCGAGCGCUGCAACGAGCCGGCCGUGUGGAGCCAGCUGGCCAAGGCCCAGCUGCAGAAGGGCCUGGUGAAGGAGGCCAUCGACUCCUACAUCAAGGCCGACGACCCGUCCGCCUACAUGGAGGUGGUGCAGGCCGCCGACCAGAGCGGGAACUGGGAGGACCUGGUGAAGUUCCUCCAGAUGGCGAGGAAGAAGGCCCGCGAGUCGUACGUGGAGACGGAGCUGAUCUUCGCCCUGGCCAAGACCAACCGCCUGGCCGAGCUGGAGGAGUUCAUCAACGGGCCCAACAACGCCCACAUCCAGCAGGUCGGUGACCGCUGCUACGAUGAGAAGAUGUACGACGCGGCUAAGUUACUGUACAACAACGUGUCCAACUUCGGAAGGCUGGCCUCCACGCUGGUGCACCUGGGGGAGUACCAGGCUGCUGUGGACGGAGCCCGCAAGGCCAACAGCACCAGGACCUGGAAAGAGGUGUGCUUCGCCUGUGUGGACGGGAAGGAGUUCCGUCUGGCCCAGAUGUGUGGCCUGCACAUCGUCGUCCACGCCGACGAGCUGGAGGAGCUCAUCAACUACUACCAGGAUCGCGGUUACUUUGAGGAGCUGAUCACCAUGCUGGAGGCGGCCCUGGGGCUGGAGCGGGCGCACAUGGGCAUGUUCACAGAGCUGGCCAUCCUGUACUCAAAAUUCAAACCGCAGAAGAUGAGGGAGCACCUGGAGCUCUUCUGGUCCCGAGUCAACAUUCCAAAGGUCUUGAGGGCGGCGGAGCAGGCCCACCUCUGGGCGGAGCUCGUCUUCCUGUACGACAAGUACGAGGAGUACGACAACGCCAUCAUCACCAUGAUGAACCACCCGCCCGACGCCUGGAAAGAGGGCCAGUUCAAAGAUAUCAUCACCAAGGUGGCCAACGUGGAGCUGUAUUACAAAGCCGUUCAGUUUUAUCUGGAGUUCAAACCGCUGCUUCUCAACGACCUGCUGGUCGUUUUGUCCCCCCGGCUCGACCACACCCGCGCGGUCAACUUCUUCACCAAGGUCAAGCAACUUGCACUGGUUAAACCUUACCUGAGGUCCGUACAGAACCACAACAACAAGUCCGUCAAUGAAGCACUUAACAACCUCUUUAUCGCAGAAGAAGAUUAUCAGGCCCUGCGCACAUCCAUAGACGCCUACGACAACUUUGAUAACAUCUCGCUGGCCCAGAGCCUGGAGAAGCACGAGCUGAUCGAGCUGAGGAGAAUCGCCGCCUACCUCUUCAAGGGCAACAAUCGCUGGAAGCAGAGCGUGGAGCUCUGCAAGAAGGACAAGCUCUACAAGGAUGCAAUGCAGUACGCGUCGGAGUCGAAGGACACGGAGCUGGCGGAGGAGCUGCUCCAGUGGUUCCUGCAGGAGGAGAAGAAGGAGUGCUUCGCCGCCUGCCUGUUCACCUGCUACGACCUGCUGCGGCCCGACGUCGUCCUGGAGACGGCCUGGCGGCACAACAUCAUGGACUUCUCCAUGCCCUACUUCAUCCAGGUCAUGCGGGAGUACCUGAGCAAGGUUGAUGCGAUUAAGGAAAAGGUGGACAAACUGGACGCUUCCGAGUCGCUGAGGAAAGAGGAGGAGCAGAACACUGAAACGCAGCCCAUUGUCUACGGCACGCCCCAGCUGAUGCUCACCGCGGGACCCAACGUAGCCGUGCCCCCCCAGCAGGCGUACGGCUACGGCUACACGGCGCCGGCCGGCUACGGCCAGCCCCCCCCCCAGCCGGGUUUCGGCUACAGCAUGUGAGAGCCCUGGCGCCCCGGAGCCCCGCCCCCCCGGAGCCCCGCCCCCCGUCUCCUCCAGCUCUUCACCAGCUCAUUAAGGUCUUCUACUCACCGCAGGGGAUACUGUUCCAACAAGCAAAGUUGCAGUUAUUUUUCUCAGUUAUUUACUUACCAUCCUUAUCGUUUCCUUUAAACUCUCAUGAAGGACUCCUUAUUAUUUUUUUUAUUUUUUUUUUUACUGUUUAUUGAAAGAAUCGGACCUCAAGGUUUCUUUUUUAACAUUCCAUUUUUACGUAUUUUUGCUUGAAUGUUUUCGUUUUGUCUCACGUUUUUUUUUUGUUUUUGUUUUUUUUUUUUAACCCCUCACAAGGGGGGAAUGGUUUAUGCGCUGAAAAAAGAGGGCUUGUGUUAUGAAGAGAUCGAGUCUCUUCUGCGGCGUCUGUUUCUGCAGCAUCCGAUUUGCACUCUGUAGUGAGAAGAAACCCGUGUAGAAUCUCCAUUUCAGUGUGUCUGAGCAGCUUGGUCAGUCUGUCCGUAAAAAGGCAUUUUGGUUAUUGUAUAUCCAGAAAAAUAAAAUUUACAGUGUUCUUACCGCUUCCGUAAAUUCAACUAGAAACACUAAGUAAUAAAACUAUAUUCGACACAAGCCACCUAGCUGUUUGGAGUUAUUUAACAUGCAUACAUCAAUGCAAUUUCAAUUCAUUUCCAGUCUAUACAGGUAGUUAACCAUGUAGAAGUCUUUGUUUUUCAGUUUUGUUUUUUUUUUGUUGUUUGUUUUUUCCACUCCAUAUGUAACAUAUGAGUUUGUUUUUGUUUUUUUUGUGUGCUGUAUACAGUGCUCUUGUGUGAGACCGUUUCCGUUUUUUUGAGGAGGGAAAAGACUAUUCUGAAUCCUGUAUGAACCCACUGACCCAUCUUUCUUGUGCUGAGGUUUGUGUGUGCUGGAUGUUGUGGUGUUCUAGGUCACUGUAUCAACUGUACAGAGAAUGAAUAUAAAAAACCUCAUAUACCCUCCUCCUCCUCCUCCUGCCAGUUUUAUUUGUGCAGUCUGCUCAAAUGGAAAAUAAAAUCACAGGACUGUGGUUAUUUGGUGUCUUCAUUGUAUGCUUAUGUUUAAAAUAUCAAUAAUAACCCCCCUUGCCCCUCCCCCACCCCAUCAUAACCUUGAAAGUUUAAAGAUUACCUGUUAUAUUCUUAAACAAAUGUAUUGAUAUUUUAUUUAAUUGUUGUGCAUCUAAAAAUGAAGUAAUUCCAGCAUAUACCUUGGAUUUAAUUCCGUGACAUAUGGCAGUUUGCUUUUCCACAUAAAAUAAAGAAAUUCUUGUUUGUCAAGAACUGUCUUGUGUUUGUGCCAUGCGAUCUUAUUGGUGUUUUGUGCAUAAAUUCACAGCUUGUUGCUGAAGAUUUCGGUUAACAUGUCUAUUCUAAUUUGUCUGCAGUUUUAUGACUUGGAUCCUGCUUUUGUUCUCUUCUCUUUUUAAAAGUAUUGGAAAAACUUCAGGCAAAUGAUUUCACUGAAUGCAAUGACAUCGCGAAUGAAUGUGGCGCAUGGUUGUAAACUCUUAUGUCCACAGAUUUAAGUUUUCAAAUGUCUGUCAUUUUUUCUACUUCUGCUUUUCAAACCAUGUUUUUAUUCCCAUGAAUGAUUGUUGGAGGGGGAAAAAAACUGGCCUAUAGCGGACACUGUAACCAAAAUCGGUAAUCCACUUGGAAAAGAAGAUGUAAACUUUGAGGAACGUGGUUUAUGGAAUCAUUUCGUUAGGACCGUUUUUUGUGCAAAUACAGAAUACUCCAUGCUGUCUUAAAGUUACAUUUUACUAUCCAAAACGGCCGCUUGGUUUAGUUGUACUUGCAAUAACAAUCGGUGACACUGUCAGCAUUGAGUAUGUGGUUUACAAAGAGAAUUUGGUCGCAAUAUUUAAUGCAACUCCCUGAGGCCUUCAUAGAGCAUAUGCACAUGUAACAUUGCUAGAAAUUGUUCUGCUAUCUGCGGUUAGAUUUGUGAAUGCUUUAAGAGGUAGUGAUACCAUGUUUAAUAUCAUGAUAUGCAUGUUGUUAGGGGGCCUUAAGGAGUUGCUCUUUAUACAAUGUGACUGAAAAUUUUAAUUAUUGAAAGAUGUAUAAGAGAUUUUAACGAACAAUUGUUUUUUUGCUUACAAAGUGUUAGAGCUGUGAUUAAAAUAGUUAACUCAAAAACA